AGUAAAGAAUUGAAAUAUCUCUACCGUUUGAACGCUUUUCUAAGGGUGUGUUAUAGCGCCGGAGGAAUCGGAUUGUUUGUGCUGUCAGCGAAGAGAAAAAUUACACUUCUAAAUUACAGUAUUGGAGAAAAAGGAGUGGAUUAUUAUUUGAAGAACGAGCGGAUACGUCUACACAGUGGUUCGACUCGCUGGACGGAGGCUUCUCUGCAGACAUGGCCUCUCAGAACCAGAACCAGAGCGGAGCGAAGAGGGACGAGAAGGGGAGAAACAUCCAGGUCGUUGUCAGAUGCAGACCCUUUAACACCGUAGAGCGAAAGUCAUCGUACGGGGUCAUCGACUGCGACCAAAGCAGGAAGGAGGUAAUUGUGAAGACAGGAGGGGCGAACGACAAAGCGUCUCGGAAAGCCUACACGUUUGACAUGGUUUUUGGACCAGCUGCCAAACAAAUCGACGUGUACAGGAGCGUUGUUUGCCCCAUUCUGGACGAAGUCAUCAUGGGCUACAACUGCACAGUGUUUGCCUACGGUCAGACAGGAACAGGGAAGACGUUCACCAUGGAGGGAGAGAGGAGUCCAGACGAGCAGUUCACAUGGGAGGAGGACCCUCUGGCCGGCAUCAUCCCCAGAACGCUGCAUCAAAUCUUUGAGAAGCUUUCUGAGAAUGGUACUGAGUUCUCCGUCAAGGUCUCCCUGCUGGAGAUCUACAACGAGGAGCUGUUUGACCUGCUCAGCCCCAGCGAGGACGUCAACGAGCGGCUGCAGCUCUUUGACGACCCACGAAAUAAGCGUGGUGUGGUGGUCAAGGGUCUGGAGGAUGUGACUGUUCACAACAAAGAUGAAGUAUAUCAGAUCCUGGAGAGAGGAGCAGCCAAGAGAAGAACAGCAUCCACGCUCAUGAACGCCUACUCCAGUCGAUCGCACUCUGUGUUCUCGGUCACUAUUCACAUGAAGGAGAUCACUCUGGAUGGAGAGGAGCUGGUGAAGAUUGGCAAACUCAACCUGGUGGAUCUCGCUGGCAGUGAGAAUAUUGGACGUUCAGGUGCUGUGGACAAACGAGCCCGUGAGGCUGGAAACAUCAACCAGUCUCUGCUGACUCUGGGCAGAGUGAUCACUGCUCUGGUGGAGAAAAGGCCCCACGUCCCGUACCGAGAGUCAAAGCUGACCAGGAUCCUGCAGGAUUCCCUGGGAGGAAGAACCAAAACGUCCAUCAUUGCCACCGUUUCUCCUUCAUCCAGCAACUUGGACGAGACUCUGAGCACUCUGGAAUACGCCAGCAGAGCCAAAAACAUCAUGAACAAACCCGAGGUCAACCAAAAGCUCACCAAGAGGACGCUUAUUAAGGAAUACACGGAGGAGAUCGAGCGCCUGAAGCGAGACCUGGCUGCCACUCGGGAGAAGAAUGGAGUUUACCUGUCAGCAGAAAACUAUGAGGGUAUGAAGAGUCAGAUCACCGCUCAGGAGGAGCAAAUCACAGAGUACACGGACAGGAUUGCAGCCAUGGAGGAGGAGCUCAAGAAGGUGACGGAGCUGUUCGUGGACAGUAAAACCAAACUGGAGCAGUGCACUGUGGACCUGGAUGAGAAGCAGCAGAGGCUGGAGGAGACGAGCAGAGACCUGGAACAAACUAAAGAGAAGCUGAGCCAGGAGGAAUUUGUCUGCUCGGAGCUGGCGUCGGUGCAGGAGACGCUGUACAACACGGCUGGACAGCUGCUGAGUACAGUCGACGCCAGCACCAGUGAUGUCUCUGGUCUCCAUGAGAAGCUGGACAGAAAGAACAAGGUGGAGCAGCACAAUAAUCAGAUCCAGCAGAGUUUUGCAGAGAGGAUGGAUGCAGCGUUCAGCAACAUGCAGCGCUGCAUUCAGCAGCAAGGGAUUAAACACCAUGAAAUGCUGAGCAGCUGCUCGCAAGCCGUUGACCGUUUGCUCCUGACCAACGAGUCCUCCCUGAAAGGAGCCGUGGCCACCGUGGAGUCGGUCCUCGGACGAGUCGGGCAGCUGGUGGCUGAGGGUGUGGCUCGCUGUCAGGAGAGGGUGCAGCAGCAGCACAUGGUGUGUCAGCAGGACAAGGACACUCUGCUGGAGCUGCUGGAAGAGCAUCGACAGGAUAUGGAGGAGGUCCUGGUGGAUCGGAGUUUGAUGAGUUUAUCAGCUGUUAAGGAACUAAACCAGACUCUGAGGGCCUCGGUGGAGACGCAGCGAGCUCUGGCUGAUCAGGUGGAGGGGAUGAAGGAGUCUGGCGUGUUCUUCAGCAGCUUGGUGCAGGACCUGGCAGGGCUGCGUGAUGUCGCUGUGCAGGGUCUGACCGCUCUGCAGAGUGAACACGACCAGCUGGCCGAGCAGAUCAGACGAGCUCAGGAGAGACACGAGACGGGUAUGAAGCGAACCAUGGACCAGUUCAACCUGCUGCUCCUGGAGGCUCAGAAGAACUACGCUGAUCUGCACACGAGCGCUACAGCUCUACAGAAACCUGUGCAGAGCAUCCAGCACCACCUCAGCAGCAGCCUCAGCACAGUCGAGCAUCAGGCCUCGACGCAGGCGGACCUCCUCUCCUCCACCUCCUCCUCCCUCGCUUCCUCACUGCGUCUGAAUGCUGACGAGAGCCGCCAGACGCUGGAGGAGAUGGCCGGCAGCACCUCCUACCUCCACAGCACUGUGUCCGGUCUGGUGGAGCGUGAUCUCCAGUGGAGCUCCAGAACCAGAGAGCAGGUCGAGACUCGAGCCCAGGAACAUCUGUCAUCGAUGGGAAACCUUUCCACAGAAGCCCAGAGCCUGCGUCAGAGUGUCGAGCUGCGCUGCUCUGAGGAGCUUCGAGUCGCUGAGGAGGAGCUGUCUGUCCAUCAGGAGGAGCUGAAGCAGGUUCUGCUCGCCGUGCAGAACCAGGCCUCCUUGGACCAGACGGUCCUGGAGCAGCAGCAGACUGAGCUCCAGCAGCAGGUAGAAGCAGGCCAGGAGCUGGUUCACUGCUUCCUGCAGGAGGAGCUGCAGCACGACGUUCCUACCGGUACAACCCCUCAGCGCCGGGACUUUGUGUAUCCCCAUCACCUGAUAAGGUCGCGACCUCGCAGCGAGCUGCUGGAGAGUCUGAGGAGGCAGCAGGAGGAGCUGGAGGCUGCCAUGGAGGAGGAGGAGGAGCUGGAGGAGGACGGACAAAGUCAGGUUGACCACGACUCUCUGGAAGACGAGCUGAGCACUUGUAAUGAAAGUGUGGCCACAGAGCCGUCCUUCAUCGAUGAGAACCUGGUCUUCAACGAGGGCAGGCGUGUCCCCUUCUUCAAGCAGAAGAAAGGUGGAAAGAAGGACACGAAGGUCGCUCCAAGGUCAAAGGUCACAGACAAUGAGGCACUGACGCCUCAGAGAUCGCGGCUGCCACUUCGUCAUCAGAACUUAAACUUUUAAAAUAGUUGUUCAUGUUUUAAUGUUGGUAUGUUUAGAUUCUGUCAUGAAUUGCAUUGUUUUAAUAUUUUGUCAUCUCUCUUAAAAUUGCUUGUCAAAAUAAAGAAUCUUACACUUUG